UCUGCAUAUAGCCGUAUGCGUUAACCCUCCUCCUACCCCUACUGCCCCAGAGAUAAAAGGAAAUAAUGGUGGCAUUAUGUCAAGCAUAGCUGAAGGCAUGGGUUUUGGUACUGGAAACGCCUUUGCCCACCGGAUGGUAGAUGCUGUUUUUGGCCCACGUAUUGUUAAACACGAAAAUGAUGUUACAUCUGCCUCACCACCACCAACAUCCACCAUUGACUCACAAGUUUGCAGUGUUCAAACUCAGACUUUCCAUGAUUGCCUAAACAGCAAUGGAGAUGAUAUUAGCAAAUGCCAGGUCUACAUGAACAUGUCCGAGUGCAAACGGAACUCUAUGCUGAAUGCCUAAGUGCGCGGUUUUCUGCCUAAAUAAACUUAUUACAUGCUUCACUUCCUUUAUGAUUUUUGAAAAUUACUUUAAUAUAAUUUCCCUAAUCAAAUAAAGAGAUGGAAACUUUGCUAUUUAUCCGAACCAUUGGGUACAAUAAAUUUAUUCGCAGGCGGCUUAGAUAUUUCACACAUUAUGAAUUCAGUCCCAAGUUAGUACGAAAAAUAGAUAUCAAU